AUGGAAAACUACCAAGCAGGCACAGGAACAGCAACCGGAGCAGCAGGAGCACAAGCGGCAGCUCCAGCAUCAACACCGAGUGCAACAGCUGCGGCAACGGGCCAAUCCCAGUUUCCGGUACACGAGAACCCACGAGUUUGGCUGUUUUCCUCUGGCGACUCUCCCAUUGGAAUCUCGCUGGCUCGCCAGAUCCUCGCGCAUGGCGACUAUGUGGUUUGCGGCCGCUGUCCCGCAGACUCUGGACGAGAGAAUCCCAGGCUCGCUGCCUUUGAAAACUUCCUCGAAGAACUAGACAAUGCGGAAUCGGACCGGGAGACUGGCGGGUGGAAGGAAAGAUUUGAUGUUGUGAAUCUUGAUAUCAGGAUAAUGAGCGACUGCCAGGCUGCAAUUGCUAGUACGAUCAACAAAUAUGGAAGAAUUGACAUCAUUCUCUGUUGCACGAGCCAAGCGGUCAUUGGAUCCGUUGAAGAGCUCGCAACUUCAGAGCGUGCGAGAAUGCUGCUGAAAGACCAGUUUGAAACUAAUUACUUCGGACCCGUUAACUUGAUCAAAUCUGCCCUUCCGCAAAUGCGACUCCAGAGAUCCGGGCAUCUUAUGGUCCUAGGUGGAAUAACUGGACAUAUUGGAACACCUGGUCUUGGGGUUUAUUGUGCCGCGGAAUGGGCAUUAGACGGCUACUGUGACAGCCUUGCAUACGAAGUGGCGCCAUUCAAUAUCCGAAUCACAAUCCUCCAAAGCAGCGUUGAGAUUGGGGUGCUAUCUAAUCUAAUCACAAGCGUCCCACCGCUCAACGCCUACAAUCCAGCGCAAAACCAUGCACCCCUUUUCCGAAGAAUUAUGAACAGCGUGCUUUCCCAGCUUCCGGGUUCCAGCGGGUAUGCCCGGUCAGCUCGUUUUCCACCCACUCCGCUGGCUCCGUUGUCUUCUCCGGGAAGCGUGAAGCAGGAGUUUGCAAACGAGAAUAGCGAACCCCUCUCCGCGCCUUCAGGCGUAUCACUAUAUCCGCCACUUGGCUCUGAGCACCUGGAAAUCCUAAUAGGAGAAACCAUGUAUGCGAUUACUGCGAUUGGAGGCCAUGAAAACCCGCCUGCUAGACAUAUCGUUGGGGCAGAGUCGGUGGCAUGUGUUAAGGAGAAACUGAAGACAGUCAGCGAAGAGCUGGAGGACUUCAUCGAGUGCAGCUGUGCUGUGGAUAUUAAUAGCACAGACAAUCCGCCUAGGGUCACGAGUGACGAGGUAGUGGCCCAGUCCGAGACGUAA